CAAGACUCUCCAAAGAACAUACUAGAACACAGUCCAAAAGAAAACAGUCUGCACCAGCAAGGUUUAUGUCCUAGCUCUCCCAGUGGACUGUCAAAUCACUCUUCAUCAUCUCAUCCACUAGAAGGAGUGGAUAAGAAGUUUCUAGAAACUUAUGAUGUUGUCAAGAAAGGAAAUUCAACAGAUGAUUCCAAUCAGUACUACUGUGAUAAGAAUGAAUUUGCCAAUGGCGAUUUACUUUUGGUCCGUAUCACACCAGAUGAGGAGGGCAAAUUUGGAUUUAACUUGAAGGGUGGCGUUGACCAGAAAAUGCAGCUUGUGGUUUCCAGAAUUACCCCAGGAUCACCAGCAGACAAGUGCACCCCCAAGCUUGUGGAAGGAGAUCAGAUUGUUCUGAUCAAUGGUCGUGACAUCUCAGAACAUACACACGAUCAGGUGGUUAUGUUUAUUAAAGCCAGCCGGGAAUCCCACACAAGAGAGCUUGCUCUGCUAGUUAGACGGAAAGUUGUGAGACCUUUUGGUGAGAUUAAAUCAGAAGAUGGGGCAGAUCUACAAUUUCUUCAACCAAUAAUUCUUCCCACUGAAUACUGUGACACACUGCAGGGGUCAAUGGAGCAGCUCGCUAAAGGCCUAGAAACUGGAGUUGUACUCAUUCAGUUUGAGCAACUAUAUCGAAAGAAACCUGGGCUUGCAAUCACAUGUGCGAAAACUGGCCAAAAUAUGGAUAAAAACAGAUAUAAAGAUGUUUUACCAUAUGAUGCUACUAGAGUACUCUUACAGGAAACUGAAGACUACAUCAAUGCUAGCUAUGUGAAUAUGGAGAUCCCAUCAUCUAAUGUAGUAAACAAGUACAUUGCUACUCAAGGACCCCUUCCACAUACAUGUGAAAAUUUUUGGCAGAUGGUUUGGGACAACAGAUUAUCUCUUGUCAUCAUGUUAACAACAUUAACUGAACGUGGAAGGACUAAAUGUCAUCAGUACUGGCCUGAUCCCCCUGAUUUAAUGGAUUAUGGGAAAUUUAUGGUGAAAUGUAACUCAGAAGACUGUACAAUUGCUUAUGUAUUCAGAGAAAUGAUAAUAACAAACACUGAGACAGGAGAGGAGUUGCCAGUUUCUCAUUUGCAGUACGUUGCUUGGCCUGAUCAUGGUGUGCCUGAUGAAUCAUCUGAUUUUCUGGAAUUUGUUAAUUGUGUAAGACAAAAAAGAAUAGAAAACCAAGCUAUUCUUGUCCAUUGCAGUGCUGGUAUAGGACGUACUGGUGUUCUGAUUACCAUGGAAACAGCAAUGUGUCUGAUUGAACAAAACCAACCCGUGUAUCCUUUGGAUAUUGUGAGGCAGAUGAGAGACCAGCGGCCUAUGAUGGUUCAGACAUCGAGUCAAUACAAGUUUGUUUGUGAAGCCAUUCUCCGUGUUUACAAAGAUGGAUUAGUGCAACCCUUGCAUUGCAGUUGA